AUGGGACACAACCUACAGUCAAGUCCACACACCAGGCUCUCAAGCCACCUUCAACAUAAGACACAACCUACAGUCAAGUCCACAUACCACGCUCUCAAGCCACCUUUAACAUGGGACACAACCUACAGUCAAGUCCACAUACCAUGCUCUCAAGCCACCUUUAACAUGGGACACAACCUACAGUCAAGUCCACACUCUCAAGCCACCUUCAACAUGGGACACAACCUACAGUCAAGUCCACACUCUCAAGCCACCUUCAACAUGGGACACAACCUACAGUCAAGUCCACAUACCACGCUCUCAAGCCACCUUCAACAUAAGACACAACCUACAGUCAAGUCCACAUACCACGCUCUCAAGCCACCUUUAACAUGGGACACAACCUACAGUCAAGUCCACAUACCAUGCUCUCAAGCCACCUUUAACAUGGGACACAACCUACAGUCAAGUCCACACUCUCAAGCCACCUUCAACAUGGGACACAACCUACAGUCAAGUCCACACUCUCAAGCCACCUUCAACAUGGGACACAACCUACAGUCAAGUCCACAUACCACGCUCUCAAGCCACCUUCAACAUAAGACACAACCUACAGUCAAGUCCACAGACCACACUCUCAAGCCACCUUUAACAUGGGACACAACCUACAGUCAAGUCCACAUACCACGCUCUCAAGCCACCUUUAACAUAAGACACAACCUACAGUCAAGUCCACAGACCACACUCUCAAGCCACCUUUAA